AUGUUCAAACUUGUAGUUUUGUGUGCAUUGAUCGCCGCCGGGGCCGCCGAGCCCGAGCCCGAGCCCAAACCCGGCACCUUCUACACGGCACCGUUCCAGACCUACGCAGCGGUCCUGUCCCCGGCAUCGACCACAAUCACCAAGCAGGCCAGUAGUGUGGUGCACCCAUCUCCUUACUACGUGUCAUCCCCGGUGGUCUACUCGCACUUCAUCAAGAAGCGAUCCGCGCCCUUCACUUACUAUGCACCUCAAAGCUACACGACUUAUCCUCUGCCCUACGCUGGUGCCUACGCUGGCGCCUACGCUGCACCCCUCUACAACGCUGCUCCUAUUUUACCAGCUGCUCCUGCGGUGCCUUACGUCGCAACUCAUCUGAUCAAGAAGAGGUCUGCCCCCCUCCUGCCCACUACCUACGUCGCCCCAGCCAGCUAUGCCGCGCACACUCCUUUGUUGGCUUCCACUUAUUCUGCGCCUCUCCUUACCUCUUCCCCCUUGAUCCCGCAGCCUAUUAUCUCCCAGCCUCUGGUCUCGACUCACUUCAUCAAGAAGCGUUCUGCCUCUAUCUUUCCCGCUGUGAGCACUACAUACUUAGCUCCGUCAUCCUUCUCCCAACAGUCAAGAAUUGAUCUCCACGCUAGUCCCCUAUACACCUACCCCACUUACACUCAACCCAUUGCUUAUUCUCACGUGCUAUAA